AUGAUCAUUUGCCUUCUCGUUCUGAGUAUUAAAGUUUUUCAGUUUUGCUUCUUUGGCUCGCUUGUGGGAACCGAACCCCAGAAUCUCCGGGAAAACUUGACCCGAUUCGCCCUUUUUCGACUCGUCUUCUUGUUGGGUGUGAUCAAUUCUGUCAGCUGGAGUAGUCUUUUGGGAUGGACUUUGUGGUUUAGUUGCCUGGGCACCCUCCAUGGAUUUACUCGUCUUGCUCGCGUUCGAAGCGAACAGCUGAUUUCCUCUGCAGUUGUUCCGAAACGCCGGUGGCUUCGCUUUUCCACUAUGCUCUUCUGUCUUCUUGCCGGUGUAAUUAUCGUGCUUACGUUAGGGCUAAAAUUUUGCCUUUACCUUUCUGAUGUUACACCGGAGACCGAUUUUUGGGGAGAGGCUCUUGAGGACGAAACUUCACGUUUAUCGGAGACUGAUAACUCUGAACUUUCCGAAUACAACAACGACCAAAAUGCUGAAUUCCGCCAAGUCCUGCAUGUAAUUGUUUUCAUGGUGUCAGAGUGUAUGCUGGCCAUCCUUCUGAUUAUGCAUAUCGUUUGUACACUGGUAGUGCACGCCAUCGACCGUUUGAACUUAUUACAGAAUAGAGCCUUCUUCGACAAGUCUGUCUGGCUCUAUUACAUUAACUUGUUUUUUGAUUUAUCUACACUCUUGAUCGACCUUUCCAACCAUCUGCAUAUGUUAGUCUGGAGUCGCAUCUUCUCCCUCACUAUUCUAAUAGUCCUCGUUCAAAUACGUGUGACAUACGCCGAGUUUGCCCAAAGAGUCCGUCGGCACACUGUCUAUCGGAACCUCGUCAAACUCGUCCGUCAAGAAUUUCCCUUAGAAAACUAUACUUUGAAGUCCUCUGCCUCUGAAGCUAAUGAUCAUGGAUCAACCAGAUCAUCGCAAGAGGAAGAGGAUGCUCCAGAAUUCUGUGCUAUUUGCUGGGAUCCGCUCUACACUUGGAGGAAGUUGCCUUGUAAUCAUUGCUUUCAUGAGACCUGUCUUACAUCCUGGAUGGAACAGAAUCCUAGUUGCCCCACAUGUAGACGACCUCUCCUUACAACGCAUGCUCAGCGGCGACCCACUGCUCAGCCUCGCACAAUUGCAACAGCUCUCCGUGAUAUCCUAGGAUUAUCCGAUACGGACACAUUGCCUCCAAUGCAAAAUAAUCAAUUUGGCAUACCGCAAACGCAGACUUUUCGCCAACAAUUUCCAAGGACUGGAUUGCCUACCGUUCGAGGAAUGGCUGUCAGGCUAAGGCAGCGCGGUGAUCCGAUUACUGGAGCAGCUAUUGAAAAUCAAGGGCCUAGUUUAGACCUGAGUAUUCGACUAAGCUUAGGUGGUAAUCCGGUAGUGACACCUGUUACAAACAAUGUCCCAAGAGAUGACAUACCGUCAAACCAGCAACAAAAUCCACUUCAGCAGGCGACUGCUCCUGGGACUGAAGGAUCUACUUCUUUGCCAGAGCAGGCUACUGCUGGUUCGGAUCAUCCGACAGAGAGACCACAAGUUAUCCAGUCAACAAUUCGAAGACGAUUCUUCUACUUCGAUGGUUCUCGCUAUCUGUCUUGGUUGCCUACGGUUCACAUAGAACUCUCCGAGGUAGGGAUUCUCCUAUUGCCUGUCAAUGCCUUCUUGGCUAAAGGUUCCAACUUGUUAUUUGGGCACAAGUUGAUUAGGGAAAAAACUUUCAGAUGUCCAACACAACUGUUUGUACUUGUUAGGAGUAUCACUCCCAUGUGUUAA